GUCGGUGCUAGUGGGUGUGUCGACUUGACGUCACAGGGAGCUGCUAAUUUAUGUUCUUUUGGAGACAUCUGAUUGUAAAUCGCAACUCUGCAAGAUCCGGCACAGUGUUUUCGCAUGUUUUGUGGCCUGUGACAUCUCGAUGAGCCCUGUCAACCGUUUGCUACGUGGAGAACUGUUUCAGACAACCGAGAUCUCAAUCUUAAUCCCCAAAAUUUAACACUCGUCAGGGCAGAGUUCCAAAAACUUCCAAAAUGGCCGAUCACCAUGGAAAUUCGUCCAGCAACCACAUCAGUCAGGUUGACCGAGGCAGGUUGAGGUUAUCGUUCGACUUCCAAGCGAAUAGUGCUCCAGUCCAAAACAUCCAAAACGCAGCCCCAGUUGCAGUGAUUCCCCAGCAACCAAUCAUGGAAGGAAGGGCAACCUCAGCAGCUGCUGCUAGACCAAACCUUUCCCUAUUCAAGUCCCCUGAGGAGGGACGCGCUGUCAAAGCAAAGCAGAGAGCACGACCCUUUCAUCCGCCCGAUUAUGUACCUGAAAAGACUCGGGAGCGGUUUAGGAUUUGCCAGAGCAUUCAUUCGACGGGAACUCUGCAGCUCUCGCCUGAUCUAGUGUACGAUUUUACGUCGGACGAUCUCCUAGACAUGGGGGAAAUCGGCCGGGGUGCUUUCGGCACCGUUAAUAAAAUGGUGCACACAAAAAGCAACACGGUCAUGGCUGUCAAAAGAAUCCGCUCCACAGUCGACGAGAAAGACCAGAAGCAGCUGCUGAUGGAUUUGGACGUUGUCAUGAAAACCAGAUGUCCGUACAUAGUCCAGUUCUACGGUGCUUUAUUCAAAGAAGGUGACUGCUGGAUUUGCAUGGAACUGAUGGACGCAUCCCUCGACAAGUUUUACAAAUUUAUCUUUGAGAGGCUCAAUCAGCAAAUCCCAGAAGAAAUACUGGGCAAAAUUACUGUUGCUACUGUGAAUGCGCUCAAUUACUUGAAAGAAGAGCUGAAGAUCAUCCACCGUGAUGUCAAACCCAGCAACAUUCUGCUCGACAGAAGAGGGAACAUCAAGCUUUGCGACUUUGGAAUUUCAGGCCAGUUGGUUGAUUCCAUCGCCAGGACAAGGGAUGCUGGAUGCAGGCCGUAUAUGGCUCCGGAACGAAUUGACCCGCAGAGAGCUCGUGGAUAUGAUGUGCGAUCUGACGUGUGGUCAUUAGGAAUAACACUGAUGGAGGUGGCGACUGGCCGCUUCCCAUACCCCAAGUGGAACACGGUGUUUGAGCAAUUGCAACAAGUUGUCCAAGGCGACCCUCCAAAGUUGUCAGCCAAUGAAAAUGGAAAUUCCUUCUCGGACGAAUUUGUGUCCUUUGUUAAUACUUGUCUUAUUAAGGAUGAAACUCAAAGACCCAAAUACAAUAAACUCCUGGAGCAUCCCUUCCUGCGGCAGAGUGAUGCUUCUAACGUGGAUGUGGCUGUGUAUGUCAACGGAGUUAUUGAGAAAAUGGCCAACAACAUCCGGCCUUCCUUUGACGACCCCUCCUACUGAUUUCCUCCUCAAACCUCCACUUCUUGAGGAGAUGCACCAAUCUUAUUAUAGCGUUUACUGUUAAAUUAUGAAUUAUCUAUUUAAACAAAUUUAUUUCCCUUUUGCCUGUUAAAACAUGUAGGCGGAGAAAAUCUUGUACGCUAAUUCGCAGCAGCUAACAAAUUGUUUUGUCACUCUUUACCUUGUUAGAAGUUCUCCUAGAAGUGACAUUGACUAUGAUUGGAUCUUUUGAAAAAUCUAUUUUUGUUAUGUUUUGUUUUGUACGUUGAUAACCAAGCCUUAAAUCGCUUUCGCAGCUGCGAUUGCCAGUAACUGCUCACAAUGGAACACUAAUUCGAGUGUUACAAAAACGCUCUACAAUUAAAUUCAACCCUUAGUGAGAAGUUACUGGCAGUCGCCGCUGCCACAGCGAAAUGCUGAUGUAUGUUAAUCGAUCGCGCUCUUUCAAAACUGCAACUGGUAAGCAUAGGUGAUUUAAAAUCAAUGCUUCUGUUAGUUCCACAAGGUCUUGCAAUAAUGCAACAAGUAUAAAUUAGCAAGCGUGACAGGAUCAUGCUUGCCAGCAGGGACCUGAGUUAUUCUAAAGGCCGCCCAACUGGAAUGUACUUUGUCAGGGCACUGCCUGCUAUACAAUAAGAAUAAAAACAUCUUGUUUUGCGGAGGAAACAAUAAAUUGAAAAAUUGUAUAAAUAUAA